AUGUCAGAAAUAACGAUUCCUCUGCUUCAGCACGUUCGUUUUCUAGAAUUAAGUGCCAUGAAAUCUGCAGAAAUCUUGAAACCACCAUUAGAAUGCAAUGAUAUCAGAGUGUUAAUCAAACUGAGCGUCGAUGAGAAGCGUCAAUGGAUUGGAAGAUCUAGUGAAGAAGAUGAAUCAGUCAUUGUAGAAGUAGAAGAAGAGAAUCGUACAGUAUCGAUCCCGUUCUGGUUGUCACUCUUGUUUCUCCCGUGGGCGACCGAACAUGUUAUCGGGCAAAGCCUCUCUUUCAUGAACUACUCCUUCCCAGAGACUAACAAGUUUAUAAAACAAGUGUUGUCCGAUUACGCUCGCGAGGUAGCCGAGGAUUCAUUUUCGUUGGUCACGAAGCCCAAGACCACUGUAAUCGUUGCAAGGGUUGAGGUUCAGACGACGCAUCAUGGAUACGAUGAAGACGAGCAGAUUGCUGAGGCAGUGAGGGAGAGCACAGAAGUCAGCAGUGAGCAUAUCAGCGUCGUUCCUGCAUCUUUGGCUUCGAUAGACGCCCUGCCAACACACAGAUUCGGGAAUGGAGAAUCUAAUAUUUGUUGUGGGGUUUGCCUGGAGGUGUUUUCGUUGAAUGAACAAGUUAAAGAGAUGCCCUGCUCACAUGUUUUCCACGGAGAAUGCAUAGUUCGGUGGUUGGAACAGAGGAAUGUAUGCCCUUUGUGUCGCCAUGAGAUGCCAACUGAUUAA